AAUAAAUCCUGGCUGAUUAAUAGACGCUAGCGGGGAGCGUGUCCUUGCCAAAAGGGUUGGGGAGCAGAUGGAAUGUCAGGAGAUGGACAUGGUGGGUCUCAACCUCCCCUGCUCUGUAAGGUGUAUUUGUCAAGAGAGGUGACAAGAAAAGAAAUACAUGAAGCAAGGCUAUGAAGAAAUCUAUUAAAAACAGAACCAAGUCUAACUCUGAAAAACCAAGUAUUUUGUCAGAUUCCUGUAUGUUCUCAAAGGAGAUGGUAAACAUAAACCCCAAACAUUUCUCGUGUUCUGAAUGUGAGAAAUGUUAUGUCACAAAAACAGUGUUCGUUUGUCAUCAGAGAACUCACACAGGAGAGAAACCAUUCUCAUGUUCUAAAUGUGGAAAAAGUUUUGUCACAAAUGCAGAUCUCGUCCGUCGUCAGAGAACUCACACAGUAGAGAAACCGUUUCCAUGUUCUGAAUGUGGAAAAUGUUUUAGGCAACAUUCAACUCUUGUCAAUCAUCAGAGAACGCACACAGGAGAGAAACCGUUCGCGUGUUCUGAAUGUGGAAAAUGUUUUAGGCAACAUUCAACUCUUGUCAAUCAUCAGAGAACUCACACAGGAGAGAAACCGUUCCCAUGUUCUGAAUGUGGAAAAUGUUUUAUCACAAAAGCAGAUCUUGUGAGUCAUCAGAGAACUCACACAGGAGAGAAACCAUUCUCCUGUUCUGAAUGUGGAAAAUGUUUUGGGCUACAAUCUCAUCUUGUCCGUCAUCAGAGAACUCACACAGGAGAGAAACCGUUCUCAUGUUCAGAAUGUGGAAAAUGUUUUAGGCAACAUUCAACUCUUGUCAGUCAUCAGAGAACUCACACAGGAGAGAAACCGUUCCCAUGUUCUGAAUGUGGAAAAUGUUUUAUCACAAAAGCAGAUCUUGUGAGUCAUCAGAGAACUCACACAGGAGAGAAACCAUUCUCCUGUUCUGAAUGUGGAAAAUGUUUUGGGCUACAAUCUCAUCUUGUCCGUCAUCAGAGAACUCACACAGGAGAGAAACCGUUAUCAUGUUCAGAAUGUGGAAAAUGUUUUAGGCAACAUUCAACUCUUGUCAAUCAUCAGAGAACUCACACAGGAGAAAAACGAUUCUCGUGUUCUGAAUGUGGAAAAUGUUUUAUCAAAAAAGCAGAUCUUGUGAGUCAUCAGAGAACUCACACAGGAGAGAAACCGUUCUCGUGUUCUGAAUGUGGAAAAUGUUUUGGGCGACAUUCAACUCUUGUCUGUCAUCAGAGAAUUCACACAGGAGAGAAACCGUUCGCGUGUUCUGAAUGUGGAAAAUGUUUUAGGCAACAUUCAUCUCUUGUCAGUCAUCAGAGAACUCACACAGGAGAGAAACCGUUCGCGUGUUCUGAAUGUGGAAAGUGUUUUUGGCACCUUUCAUCUCUUGUCAGUCAUCAGAGAAAACACACAGCAGAGAAACGGUUCUCUUGUUCUGAAUGUGGAAAGUGUUUUUGGCACCUUUCAACUCUUGUCUGUCAUCAGAGAACACACACAGGAGAGAAACCGUUCUCAUGUUCUGAAUGUGGAAAAUGUUUUAGGCAACUUUCACAUCUUGUCAAUCAUCAGAGAACUCACACAGGAGAGAAACCGUUCCCAUGUUCUGAAUGUGGAAAAUGUUUUAUCACAAAAGCAGAUCUUGUCAGUCAUCAGAGAACUCACACAGGAGAGAAACCAUUCUCAUGUUCUGAAUGUGGAAAAAGUUUUGUCACAAAAGCAGAGCUUGUCCGCCAUCAGAGAAUUCACACAGGAGAAAAACCGUUCCCAUGUUCUGAAUGUGGAAAAUGUUUUGUCACAAAAGCAGAGCUUGUCAGUCAUCAGAGAAUUCACACAGGAGAGAAACCAUUCUCAUGUCCUGAAUGUGGGAAAUGUUUUGUCACAAAAGCAAAUCUUGUCCGCCAUCAGAGAACUCACACAUGAGAGAAACCAUAUGUAGCGGAUGGCACUAGGCUGUCCUGCAAAUUUCAUGUGAAUAGCUGCAUUCGUAUAAACUGCUGGUUUUAGAUGUGUGUAAAAGAAAUGUAUUCCUCUGAUUGUUCGGUAGAAUCAUUCGAAUAAACUAAGGGAAUGAAACUACCGAACAAUCAGACCUCCCCUGUGUGAAGUGUGUCCUCAAUUACCCAUUGCAACAUUGUUGCAAACGGGUAAUUGAUAAGUUAAGUAGCCGUCCUUUGUUCUCGGGGGUGGCCGCCAUUCGACAAAUGAACACGUGGCGACAGCCAUUUUAAAACUCCCGAACAGCGGUGUUUUGCCGUCGAGUGUCUGGAACUCAAAUCGGACACUCGACUAGGCGAACACCGCUGAAACCUCCACAAGCCCGGUCCGUUCGGUUCCUAACUACCGAACAGCCCCUCGUUCGGUAGAUAGACAGAACCAGACGAGGGGAUUCAGGUGAACCCUCCCUAGCCUCUAUAGCUAGAGGUUUUCAUGCCAUUUAUUCCCUGACUCCAGGACCGACCGCAGGGCCUAUUCACAUGGAACCGCAUUCGGCUGUUUCACUCAGUGCGGUCGGUCAUUUUAUUCCCUCCAUAAAUUUCCCGAACCCCUGGUCUGAUCUGGGUGAUUUUUGGAUAUGUUGUUCACCCAGAUCAGGGCUACCAGGGGAUGUAUGAUUUAAAGGGGUACCCCUACGUUUAGGGGUACAUCCAGAAACAGGGGGAAUUGCUGUACUGGAUAAGGGGAUUAUGAUGCCAGCUGAGGGGAGGAGAUGUGUGGGAGGUUACCAGGACAGGAUUGGCUACUGUAUUAAUGAAUGUAAUCCCUCCCUUGCAUGGGAGCAUGCUUUAAAAGGCCAGUGUGGAAUAAAGCUUUCAGUUCUGCUCCUGAAA